AACAUCACAAGUUUUGAUUUCCUUAUAUCCUUACAAAACAUGCUUAACAUUUUCAGAGCCGAAAUGCGUUGUAUUGUACCGUACGCGAAAGGAAAACGUGGAAUUAUCUUUUUACGCUACGUGUGGACGUGCAGUGCAAAUCUGAUAUCUAAAUACUUACACUCGAAAAAAAUGGAUUGCCUAGUUGCCUAGUGAGCGAUUAACUAGCUAAGCUUUAGACAAAAGCGAAAAUAAUAUUUAUUGCAGGAGAUGAAAGGGAGAAACAGUAACGGCGUGAUCUUUGAUUGAUUUUUUUAUGUUGAUGUUUCUUUUCCUUUGAAUGUGGUAGUGAGCUUUACUACUGUAUGAAACAAACUGUUGAUCCCAGCACAAACACGAAGAAAAAAAUGUUUCAAUUCCUGAAAACAUUGCUAAUUACUGUUUUUUGUUGUUGUUGCCGUAAAAUAUAGCCACUGUUUAAAUAUUUAAAGUCCUGGUUUUGGUCAAGGCACUGAGCGCAUUUAAAAACCUUAUUGUGUACGUCUUGAUUUCACUUGUGAAGUCGAAAUAUACUGUACUGUAAGCAGGAAUUUCCGAGGAAUUGUGAAUAGCAUGUCACCUACAGUAAGUGGUUAAAUGAUGGGGAAAAAGGUGAAAAAGGAAGAAGAACCUCCAGCUAAAGAUGUAUUCGAUCCUCUACCCAUUGAAAGCAAAAGCGCAGCAACCGUGGUGCUUAUGCUGAGCUCUCCAGAGGAAGAGGUUUUAGCCAAAGCGUGUGAAGCUAUCCACCGAUACGCCGAGAAAGGAGAUGAAAACAAAGGGACUCUUGUUGGACUUGGAGCUGUGGAGCCUUUGGCCAGGCUGAUCUCACACGAAGACAAAGUUGUGCGCAGAAAUGCCAUCAUGGCUCUGGGCGUCAUGGCUGCUCACAGUGAUGUUAAACGGCAUUUGAAAAAGUUGGAUAUUAUACCUUCAGUUAUAGGAAGACUACUGCCUGAAGAAGAUGUAGUCAUCCAUGAAUUUGCCAGCCUGUGUCUAGCCUACUUGUCUGUUGACUAUACAAGCAAAGUUCAAAUAUUUGAUCAUGAUGGCUUAGAUCCCCUUAUCCAUCUGCUGUCAAGUCCGGAUCCUGAUGUCAAGAAGAAUGCGGUUGAAUGCAUAUACAACCUUGUCCAGGAUUUUCCAAGUCGCUCUGCAGUCCGUGAGUUGAAUGGGAUCCCCCCUUUGCUGGAGCUGCUGAAGUCCGAAUUCCCCAUCAUUCAGCAGCUGACUCUGACAACUCUAGCGCUGAUCACCAAUGAUGGAGAAAACAGAGUAGCUCUGCGAGAAAACCAGGGGUUGGAGAGACUUCUUGAAUUUCUUGGAGCAAAAGAAUUUAGUGACCUGCAUGUGGAAGCCCUUCAGGUGAUUUCAAAUUGCCUUGAAGACAAGGAGGCUAUGCAUCUCAUUCAGGAGACUGGGGGUUUAGAUAAACUCCUCCAAUUUGCUGAAACAGCUACCCUUCCAGAGGUUCAGAUGAAUGCAACGAAAGCUAUUUCAAGGGCAGCGCAGGACAGUGAAAACAGGAAGAUUUUGCACGAACACGAUGUUGAGAAAACCCUGGUUUCCCUGCUAGCGGUGGAUCACGACGGGGUGAGAAUCGCUGCCUGUCUGGCCAUUGCUGUCAUGUGUGACCUUUUGGCCAGCAAGGAUUCCUUCAGAAACCACGGAGUUCGGCCUGUGGUUCAGUUGCUCAGCAGUGAGAAUGGAGAAGUCAAAGAAGCUGCUGCCUUGGCGCUGUCAAAACUGACACAGUCCAAUCAGCUGAAUGCUUACGCCGUGUUUGAAGCCGAGGGCGAGGAGCCGCUGGUGCAGCAGCUGUCGGACGCGAGGGACGGGGCCGUGGCCUACGCGGCCGCCGUGCUGACCAACAUGGCGGCUCAGGAGACGCUGCGCCCCGGCAUUCUGGCUCACGGGGUCACGCCGGCUCUGGCGGAGGCGCUGCAGUCCGGCAACAGCCUCGUGCUGGGCAAUGCCGCCCUGGCGGUGGCGGCUCUCGCCUGCGAUUCGGAGGGACGAGCCGAGCUGAGAAAUGCAGGGGGCCUGGUUCCACUGGUAAAGCUGUUGAACUCCAACAACACUGAAGUAAGAUGCAAUGCAUGCUGGGCAGCCCUGGUUUGUGCCAAUGAUGAGCCCACUGCAGUAGAACUGUGCAAGUUAGGGGCCUUGGAAAUCCUACAGGACAUCAAUUUAUCAUCAAAUCGCAGGAAUAAAUUCAGCGAAGCCGCCCUGCUUAAACUACUCGACAGCAACCUUUCCAUUAAAUACAGUCUGACGGGCUACUUGUCACCCACAGAUCUAAUCACUGAUGGGUUUUAUGAUCCUGGACAGGUCAAACCCGGGCACAGAAUUCUUACAUUAGAAGAUCUUUCUAAACAGGAGGUUAACCAGCAUCGUCCAGUAAUAUUAGUUGACGGCAAACCACAUGAACAGGUCUCUACAGAGUCCGCACCCAUCGACGAGAAACAGCAGGACGGCCUGGGAGCAACCCGUUCCCCCUCAGUUUUGAGCAAGAGCAGCACUAAAGAGAAAACUAAAGGAAAAAACAAGGGGAAGAAGGACGACGAAAAGCAGAAAGAUGAGGAUGAAAUUAAAUCCCCACAGGAAACAAUCACAGAAAACAAACCAGGGAUUCCCAGUUCUGACUCCGCAUUUCAUGCACUGGUCUCGGAGGCCGCAAAAGCAGUAUUGCCUCUUCAUGAUACAAGGGAACAAGUUAUUGGACUUGCAAAGCUUGUUGCAGAUGCCAUGGGUGGAGACGUCGAGAGAGACAAACUCCAUGAAUUCAGCUGGGAACUCCACCUCAGUGAACUGAAAUACGAACUGAAGUCCAACAUCGUCCCUAUUGGAAAGAUUAAAAAGGGAAUCUUCUACCACAGAGCUUUACUGUUCAAGGCUUUGGCAGACAGAAUUGGAAUCAACUGCAGCUUGGUUCGUGGAGACUACAACAGGGCGUGGAAUGAGGUGGCGAUAGUGGAAGGAUCCCCUAAAGUUCCUGGACCUCGUCUUCAACCAAAAACCUACAUAGUUGACCUCAUUCACAGGCCCGGACGUCUAAUGAAGAACAGCAGCCCUGAGGCCAUCCAGUAUCAGACCAUUUAAUUCCCCAUCUUCCUUACACCACAACGACAUGGCCACAGCAGACGUUCAUGUGCACAGAAAUGGGAUGUGAAAGAUGUUCGUUUUACAGUUUGAAGAAGUAUUGAAUAUUGUUAAGUCGUGCUUUGAAAAAAUGAAAUGAAUGGAAUGUUAUGAAUGUAUGGUUUCUUAGUGAAUUACAGUAAUCACUAUGCAUUACAGAAGUGGUAUGCUAAUUUUACAGCUCCCUAAUAUGAGUUGCAUGUUUUGGUUCUACAAUUUCGUAUUUGAUGGGCUGCAUGGUACCCUGAGGGUUAGCAUUGCUGCAGCACAGUGCUGAGUCUCUGGGAUCAGUUUCUGGGGUGCUGUCUGUGUGGAGUUUUUAUGUUCUCCCCGUGUUCUCAUGGGUUUCCUCUGGGUGCUACAGU